CGAACCGUUUACUGGUCCAAUCACGGCCAGUCAGGAACAGCGUGAAAUGGGAUAACAGGGCUGCCUCCGAGUUCCGUCGACGGGGGGAAACGAGAUGACAGUAAUUCUGAGCCGUCCGUUCCUCUCCUUGCCCGUCCAAAACCGACGCUUCAACAAAUCCCGACCGUCCGCUUCACCAAGCAUCUCAUGCUUCAAUUCCCGGCACUCCUUCAAGAGAGACUACACGAGCGUAAUGAUAGUCCCCACCGGGAUUGGAGCCGCCAUCGGCGGAUACGCCGGCGACGCCCUGCCCGUCGCCCGCACUCUCUCCUCCGUCGUCGAUUGCCUCAUCGCUCACCCCAACGUGCUGAAUGCGGCGAUGCUCUACUGGCCAAUGCCGAAUGCAUUGUACGUCGAAGGCUAUGCCCUUGACCGCUUUGCUGAAGGCCUAUGGGGCCUCAUGCCUGUUCACCAAAACAAGGUGGGUUUGGUUCUUGAUUGUGGCAUCGAGGAGGAGCUUCGUGUUCGCCAUUUGCAAGUGGCGGAUGCUGCGAGGGCUUCCCUUGGCUUGCCUGUUGUUGAAUAUGUUGUCACUGACACUCCAUUGCAGGUAGAGAAGUGGGUUGAUCCAAAAACUGGGCAAUCAACAGGGAGGAUUAAGCACCCUGAUUCACUAUUGAGGGCUGUGCAGGCUUUAGUUAAACGCUCGCAAGUAAAUGCUGUUGCAGUUGUUGGACGCUUCCCUGACGAUGAUGAUGUUCAAGACACAGACGAUUAUCGACAAGGGAUGGGAAUUGAUCUAUUGGCAGGGGUUGAGGCAGUUAUAAGCCAUCUAGUGGUGAAGGAGUUCCAAAUUCCUUGUGCACAUGCUCCUGCUUUAUCACCCCUUCCCAUGACCCCAUCUCUAUGCCCAAAAUCAGCUGCUGAGGAGUUGGGGUACACAUUCUUGCCAUGUGUGCUUGCUGGGCUUAGUAAUGCACCACAGUACUUGGUAAAGAACUCUGAGUCGGAGAAUGGUUGCAUACUUGCUAGUGAUGUUGAUAGCGUCAUCCUUCCUAUAGAUGCUUUUGGAGGACAUGGCGCUCUUGCUUUUGCACGAAGCAAAAGAAACAAGCCACUUAUAAUUGCUGUGGAGGAAAAUGUAACAGUCCUUGAUGAUACACCAGAUAAAUUUGGGAUUGAAGCGGUCAAUGUCUCAAACUAUUGGGAAGCAAUUGGUGUCAUUGCAGCACACAAGGCUGGAGUAAAUCCGCAUUCUCUACGAAGAAAUAGGAUUAAGAAUCUUCAACAAACUUCUCUGUCGCCUGCCAAUGGUUAUGCCAUUAAAAUGCCACAGUAAUCGGCUGAUUAAAGUAGUUACAUUUCCCUUUCCAACUAAUUUUUUAGGCUUUAACCAUUCAAAAUUUGAAAUAUCAUCGUUCAACACUUGAGAAUUUUAUCACGUUGGAUUAAUGGUUGAAGAUUCAACCUGCUGUUCUCGUAAAGAUGUUGAUGAUUUUUCAGUAGGUGGAACGGAUGCAGCUUGGUGGCUUGUUGAAUCCCCUAUUGACUUUUAACCAGGUGAAUCAUCUGGUCACGAAUUAAGCGCCUUUCGACGUGGAUAGGCAGCACCGAAUACCAAUUCGUCAACCUAAAUGUUGAUGGAACGUGAAACUACAAGUCAAUGGUUGUCUCGCAUUUGUUUCGGUACGUUUUAGAUCUUGAUCAGAAGUAAAUUAAAUCAACUGGUGGUGAACAAAUUUUGUACUGAAUUUUGAUGUGAAUGCUGAUAUCCAUAUACAUAUAUAGAUAUAUCUGUUUGUUGUAUACAAAUAUACAUAUAGUUGAACGAUGACCAUAGAAUCUGUUGGUACUGUCCUUGUUCUUAUCUGUUGGUACUGUCCUUGUUCUUAUCUUCGUAUACAUUAGUUGCACGAUGACCAUA